UGUGAUCAAGAAUAUAAUAAAGAGUGUGAUCAAGAACAUGAUCAAGAACGCGACCAAGAGUGUGAUCAAGAACAUGAUCAAGAACGCGAUCAAGAGUGUUAUCAAGAACAUCAAGAACGUGAUCAAGAACGUGAUCAAGAACGCAAUCAAGAACGCGAUCAAGAACGUGAUCAAGAAUGCGAUCAAGAGUGUGAUCGAGAAUGUGAUCAAGAACGCGAUCAAGAACGUGAUCAAGAGCGUAUGAAGACUUAUGUAAACGCUUUCAAAUUUGUGAUACGUUUAUUUCCUC